AUGGCAUAAAUUAACAAGCUAUUUUAUUUACCAGAGCCUCCUCAUCCAACUCAUAAUCAAUAUAUGCCCUUUUCUUUUACCCCUAAGCUACCUUCAAAGUAUAUAACUCAAAACAUUCUUUCAUAUGCCUAUCUUAAGGAGUCAUCCUAUAGAAUUUUGUCAUCUUUAAACUUUGACUCUUACGCAUUUAUGAGAAUACAAAAACCUUAGUUCCAUUAGAUUGGAAAUGGCUUAGGAGACCUUGAAUUCGAUGAGAUAGAGAACAAUUUGGGAAGAGAUUAUAAUGAAAAUCAUAAGGCAAGUGUAAAUGACUUAAUUGACUUUGAUGUCAAUUAGUUUAUAUCACUAUCAGCGGAUUGCAUGCUAAAGGUUUGGACUAAGCCUAAAGAAAACAAGGAGGAAUUCAGAUACUAGAAAGACAUGGCUUACUUGAUGUCCUAAAAGAUAGAGUGCGUCUAUUCUUACAUAGAAAAAUACCCAUUUUUAAAAGGAGUUCGAGGCUCUGAUGAUGUUUUGAUAAUACUUAAAUAUGUGAAUACAAUAGAAGUUAUGAAAGUUCAUAAAGAUUAAAACACAGGUUACAUUAACAAACUUGAGCCAAUGAGGAACUACUAUUCCCCUUAUCAAACGAAAAUUUAGAAUAUGAUAAGUUUCAAGAUUGAUAGCCAGAUUUAGUUUAUUACUCUCUAUGAAAAUGGAGUCCUUCCUAUAUAUAAGAUAGAUUAAAAUGAUCUUACACAGCCAAUUGAAUAGUUUUUCAAGAUUGAAUUCCAGUCUUGUACAACAGAUGUUCAACUUUUAAGAAUCACUGGUAAGUAUUCAGUCCAGCUUGUAGUCAGUUUGAUAGAAAAUGAGUACUUGACUUCAAUGAAUGUCCUAAAUUACAACUGGGAGAAUAGAGUAUCAAAAUAUUACUAGAUCAUCAUAGACAUCCCACUUAAUUCCUCACCCUUUCCUGUUGACAGAAUAAAAAUCCUUAAUGAUCACUAGUUUUUAGCAAUAUCCAGGAGAGAUAUAGAUUUCAUAGAGUUUAACUACGGGAGAGAUUCUGAGAUAGAUUAUAAAUCAUAUGAAGUUCAUACAUCCCAAAUAGGUGGUGGCUAUUAUGAAUAAGUUCUUUCCUCAGUCUUAGUAAGUCUGCCUCAAUACUACUAUAAUUCAAAAAAACGUCCUUAGUUAUUUGAAAUAUCCAGUGAUUAACUAGAUAAGUAAGAUAAGCCUUAAGUUGCUAAGAGACCAUUUGAGGAUAUAAUGAAUGAAUAUGUGGAUAAUUAUCUACAUCCUUAUACCUUACUUAACGUAGGAUUUGAUAGAAGGCUGACCCUUGUUAAAAUCAAUGAUAAAAGCAGACUUAAGAGUUGUAAGAUCAAAGUGUUCAAGUAGACAUCACAUUAUUACUAGGUUAAUAGUGUGCUUUAGCUAACAGAAAAUCUAUUUAUUUGUGCCAGCUAAGAUGGACGUCUGACGCUUCAUGAAUUAAAGCAAUAAUGA